AUGAUAUUUUGUGGUAACUCCGCUCACUAGUUCGAAACUUUAUUUCAUAGCCUGUGGUGCUGCAUAUGGAACUGCUAAGUCCAGCAUGGGUAUCUCAUGCAUGGCCGUGAGGAAACCCGAAUUAAUAAUGAAAUCCCUGAUACCAAUUGUAAUGGCUGGUAUUAUUGCUGUUUAUGGACUCGUUGUGUCUGUUUUGAUUGCCGGUCAAGUAGGACUCGAAUACACACUGCAUCAGUAUGUGUACUUUCGUGAUAUCACGAUUUGUGUAGGUCGCUCAGUCACUUCGGUGCUGGACUCAGCGUUGGAUUGAGUGGAUUAGCUGCAGGAUAUGCCAUCGGCGUUGUUGGCGAUGCAGGCGUUCGAGCUUAUAGCAAAGAACCCCGCGUCUUCGUCGGGAUGAUUCUAAUUCUUAUCUUUGCGGAGGUACUGGGACUAUACGGACUAAUCUUGGCCUUGAUUCUUACUGCGAAGUAA